GUAACGUUCAGCGGAGUAAUUAAUCACAACUCAAAAGCUGACUAGUAGAUUGAACAACACAAUAAUGGCAAUGCAUCAAUCGGACGGUAAUUUAUGUUUUGUAAAUGAAAGUUACGAUUAUGACGGUGACUACGGUGAGCUUGGAGAGUCAGAUGACGAGACUGGGAAUUCUUUAAAACGGACCUCGUCCCAAGCUAGAUUAGACGAACAAACAAGCUCUGGAGGUCCUACCAGGCAUGCAACUAAGAAAACGAAAGGUAGGGUCAAGAUCAAAAUGGAAUUCAUAGAGAAUAAACUAAGAAGGUAUACUACCUUCAGCAAAAGGAAGACUGGUAUAAUGAAAAAGGCCUACGAACUUUCAACAUUGACUGGAACCCAAGUAAUGCUACUGGUCGCCAGUGAAACGGGUCAUGUUUAUACUUUUGCUACCAAAAAAUUACAGCCUAUGAUAACAAGUGAUAGCGGAAAAUCUUUGAUUCAAAAGUGCUUAAACACACCUGAAAGUUCCGAAGCGGACUCUCAAGGAAAAUCGGACCUAUCUCCCCAAUCUAACCAACAUGAAGUUACCGUUACAACCCGUCCUCCUCCAGCCCAUUCGGGAAAUAGCGUUACUCCGACGAAAAUGACGUCUCAACCACCUCCAGCUCACCUCCCUUUUCAGACUUCUACUACUGCACCGUCCACUAAUAAAACACAUUCAGUGACAGCAAGCGAACAAACUUCGCAAAUUAUUGUAACAGGAGGCGUAAUUAAGCCAGUACCCGAUUCUCAGACACCUAUACUGCAAACUAACGGUGCAAUAUUAAUAGGACCAGUUUCAUCAAACUCAACGCAAGCUAAUUCUCAAGAUACUUACGUAAUAAACGUACCGCAAAGUGUUGGCCAAAGCGUGUCUACUGCAACAGAUGUGCAAACUGUUUUCACGAGUAUCCCAAAGAAAAGAUAA